UGACCUGAUGGAGGGAACUCUGGUCACAUGUUCUGGAUUUAGUUUUAGGAUUAUAUGAACAUCUAUUUCCUGAUUGAUCAGCCGGACCCCCCUCCCCCUCCCCAUCAGGAUGAAGAUGCGCUCAUAACGUGACGGGAUCCCGUGGAACCCAAACCGAGCGGCAGCGCCACAGCAGCUCGCGCACGGGUGACGCCGCGCUCCUGCAGUCACAUCUGCGUGGAUCUGCAUGAAUCUGCGUGGAUCUCCGUGAAUCGCCCUAGAAACGCAGCGCUGACACCGGGCUGAGAAGCAUCCCUGCUGGGGCGAGCGUUCACCGGAAAGGGGGGGCUGUCGGUUCUCUGCAGAAGCCAGACCUGCUUUAUUGCGACAGAGGAGCACCGCGCGCGGCUGUGACAGGCAUCAUGGGAAAGCAGAACAGCAAGCUGACUCCGGAGGUGAUGGAGGAUCUGGUGAAGAGCACAGAGUUCAACGAGCACGAGCUGAAGCAGUGGUACAAGGGCUUCCUGAAGGACUGUCCCAGCGGGAGGCUCAACCUGGACGAGUUCCAGCAGCUCUACGUCAAGUUCUUCCCGUACGGCGACGCCUCCAAGUUCGCCCAGCACGCCUUCAGAACCUUCGACAAGAACGGGGAUGGAACCAUCGACUUCCGAGAGUUCAUCUGCGCGCUGUCCAUCACGUCCCGCGGCAGCUUCGAGCAGAAGCUGAACUGGGCCUUCAACAUGUACGACCUGGACGGGGACGGGAAGAUCACCAGAGUGGAGAUGCUGGAAAUCAUCGAGGCCAUCUACAAGAUGGUGGGCACGGUGAUCAUGAUGAAGAUGAACGAGGACGGCCUGACACCACAGCAGCGGGUGGACAAGAUCUUCACCAAGAUGGAUAAAAACAAUGACGACCAGAUCUCAUUGGAGGAGUUCAAGGAGGCGGCGAAGAGCGACCCGUCCAUCGUGCUGCUGCUGCAGUGCGACAUGCAGAAGUGAGGCGGCCGUCCGGACAGCCGCACACGUUCUAUGUCUCAUUAGGUUCUCUGCCAUCUCCACAGGAAAAACCAAACACUGCUCGGACUCUUUUUCAAUGGACUCGCUUCUUGUGGUCGUAUGCAUGAGGAUGUCAAACGCAGAUGUAUCUGAAAAUAGAAACCCAUAGAUUUCUAUCUGGAAACACGCCGUGUGAUGUGUGCACAGUGACCCCCACAUGUUGACCUUAGCUUGUAAAUCGGUGGAGCACGGCGUUACGUUCCUGCGGUAUCUAGGCCCCCGGUGCUCCCUGCUGCUGUAUGCUUUAGUAAAUAUCAAGAACCGCUACAACCGGUGGAGCUCUGGGAGAACGUCCACAUGUUGGAACCCAGAGAGCAGGUUCUUUGCAUGCAUAUAUUACGUGUCAGAAAAUAUAAUCUUUUGCAUCUUUAGGUGGCAAAAAGAGAGACCCCCCCCCUCCUGCAUGGGCUGUACAGAUCGUGACCCUCGUUCGUCAACCCCCCCCCCCCCCCCCCCCCCCCCCCCCGGAAGCAUGCGUCCCCCCAUCCGUGUUUCUGUGCGACGCUUGAGCGUCUGAAGGGUGCGGCUUUCACGUUGCCCGGUUUUGUUCGGUGACUUCUGGGACGAGCAUGGCGGCAGGCGCGGGACUUCCCGCCCUUUUGGUCUUGCAGACGUCUCCAGGCGCCGCGCCCCACGAUUGGCUUCCGCUAGAACCGCUUCUUUGGUUUGCAAAAACCUCGAUUAGCCUCGACCCAACCAACCCCUCCAAACAUAUCAAGGUGUUUCCAAAACCAGAGAGCGCCAAGCAUCCAGGCCAGUCUGGGCAUCGUACCGAGGAACCCCAACACGGCUCCUCUGCCAGAGCAGCCAAAGGAACGGAAAUCCUCCCUCAUGUUUACCGGGAACCUCUGCAUUCCUUUGUGUCAAACCCUUUUCUACGUUUUUACGACAGGCUCUGGGGGUUUGGGCCGUCCUGCUUGCAGGCCUCAGAGGUGGGGGCAGAGAGCAGUCCGGACUCCCGCUGGUUUGGCUAUGCAAGCGUGGACCGAGUUUGCGUGUGGAAGUCGCAGAAGCUCUCUGUUCUGUCUGCAUCGUCUGAAACGUCCGUUUGGUCUCGUGUUUCUCCUCCUUUGGUCAAAUAUUUGUAUCCAACAUGAACAUCACUAAGUGACUGUAUGAUUUUCUACAUGUGGCAUGUCUUGCAACCCAAAAAUGAUUCUGUAGUAAUUAAAAAAAAUUCAACCAUCAA